CAGUAGCUCCUGGCGUGACGUUAGGAUUAGCUCAAAUACACAUUGGGCUAAUUCAAAGCAUAACUUAGGAUCAUCUAUAAAGAGCGGCUCCAAGGAGCAAUUCAGGGACACAAAGAACAAGGAAGAAUGGCGCGUUUAAGCAUUUCUGUUCUUUCUCUGCUCUUAGUACUUUUGCUAUCAGUUUCUUUGGCAUCUUCAACUCCACGGCACAAAAAGAAAAGGCUAACUUCAAUUCCCAUUCCAGAUAGCUUUAUGCAAUGCCUUGACACCAAUUCCGAGUCCUCCAUUCCUUUCGCUUCUUCAUUUUUCACUCCAAAUAAUGCUUCAUUCACUACCAUCCUCCAAUCCACAGCCCAAAACCUCAGGUACUUAGUGCCUGAGGCUCCAAAACCCCAGUUCAUAUUCACACCCCUGAAUGAAACCCAUGUCCAAGCUGCUGUCAUUUGCUCCAAACAGCUUGGAAUUCCUCUGAGGGUUCGGAGCGGUGGCCAUGACUACGAGGGCAUGUCCUACGUAGCAGAAAUUGAAUCACCCUUUGUCAUAGCAGACCUCUCAAAGCUCCGAUCCAUUAAUGUUGACAUCAAUGAUAACAGCGCCUGGGUUCAAGCCGGUGCAACAAUUGGGGAACUUUACUACAGAAUUUCCCAGAAAAGCAAGACACAUGGCUUCCCUGCCGGUCUCUGUACAAGCUUAGGCGUUGGUGGGCACAUCACCGGAGGUGCAUACGGUACCAUGAUGAGAAAAUAUGGCCUCGGCGCUGACAAUGUCAUUGAUGCUCGAAUUGUGGAUGUUCACGGAAGAGUUCUUGACAGAGCAACCAUGGGUGAAGAUCUUUUCUGGGCAAUAAGAGGUGGGGGGGGUGGAAGCUUCGGAGUCAUCCUUGCCUGGAAGGUAAAGCUGGUUCUAGUUCCGGAAACGGUAACUGUAUUCACUGUUCCUAAGACCUUGGAACAAGGCGCCACAAAGAUCCUCUACAAAUGGCAGCAAGUUGCUCCUCAGCUAGAUGAAGAUCUCUUCAUCAGAGUCGUCAUCCGAGCUGGAAGUGCAGGGCAGAAAGCACAGAGAACGAUCACAACUUCAUAUAAUGCCCUGUUUCUUGGUGAUUCUCAAAGGCUUCUUCAAGUAACGCAACAGAGCUUCCCUGAAUUGAAUUUGACAAAGACAGACUGCACUGAAACCAGCUGGAUCAAAUCGGUGCUUUACAUCGCCGGUUACCCGCUCACCACCCCACCGGAAGUGCUUCUCCAGGGGAAAUCUCUGUUCAAGAACAAUUUCAAGGCCAAAUCUGACUUCGUGAAAGAACCUAUCCCAGAAACUGCCCUGGAGGGACUAUGGGAAAGGUUGUUGGAAGAAGAAUCUCCACUGAUGAUAUGGAACCCCUACGGUGGAAUGAUGAGCAAGAUCCGAGAAUCACAAAUCCCUUUCCCUCACCGGAAGGGAAACCUGUUCAAGAUCCUGUACUUGACCACAUGGCAAGGCGGUGGGAAAAACAUGACCAAUCAUAUGGACUGGAUCAGGAACCUGUACAACUACAUGGCUCCAUAUGUUUCCAAGUUCCCUAGGACAGCCUAUGUGAAUUACAGGGAUCUUGAUCUUGGCAUGAACAAAAAGAACGGAACCAGCUUCAUUGAAGCAAGCUCUUGGGGUGUGAAGUAUUUCAAGGACAACUUCAACAGAUUGGUAAAAAUCAAGACAAAAGUUGAUCCAGAUAACUUCUUCAGGCAUGAACAGAGCAUUCCGCCUCUGCCACUCAACAGGAGAAGGGAAGGACAAUUUGUGUAGUAUCUUUAAUUCAGUACUAAACUACAAGAUAGCUGUUUGUCUGUUUUGGAAGCAAUAAAAAAUAUAUAUAUGUUUGUGUGAAAUGUGUGGCAAAUUGUGGUGUCAAAAAGAGGGGAUGUGAUGGAUUUUUCUUUGGAGUUAUAUCAUGUGGUUGAGGUUGCAGUAAUGAUAGCAUUUAUGUUUUCAACUAAUAUGAGUGAGAAUUGAGGAAUU